AUGCGCUUGAAGCAAAUCCCAAACAAACGUGUGCUUCAUGUCUACCGUGAAACUCAUCAAUGUGUGGAUGCUUUGACAAAGCUUGGAGCACAAACCGACUCUAAUUUUGUAGUUUUUUGUAAUCCACCGCCUGUGGUGGGAAUCCAAUCACAACAUACAUUGUAUUGUUAUUUUGCAGGAAGGUCAAGUUCCCGCCGUGCAGCCCGUGCCACGGCAAGUAAUACUCCUAAGCGAGCGGCUGCUGCUCCUCCUCAUACAGUGCCUGCACAAGGUCAAAGUGGGUCUGAAAAGGGAUCACUUGGUGCCACUUUUGCAAGUGGCUUGGUCUGGGGUACUGGUGCUUAUAUUGCUUACAGUGCUGUAAAUUCUUUGAUGGGUCCUCGUGUCGAUGAGCAUAAGACUGUUUGUGCUAAUCAAUCCAAGGCCUUUAUUGAUGUAUGA